ACCCAGCCCAACGACCCGGUUUCCGCCUAGGGCCUACCUUCUUCGAAUUAACUGGAGAUUAGAAGAAAAUAGUAGGAAAAUAGGAGGGAAGAGGGAGCAGAUUACAGAAAACGGAAGCCUGAAAUUGUGAAAUUCUCAACCUUCAAAUAAUUCAGAAGAAAAUUAUUAAUCAAUCAAAGAAGAAGAAGAAAAAAGAAUUACAGAUGCUGCCAACUUCAUCAUCAACAAAAGCCCGAUCGGGUUCUCAUGUGGCCCGACCCAACACUUUCCUCCCUCAGUAUCUCCGCAAAAUAGUCAAGUGGCAACAAAUGGACAUCGAAUAUACUUUCUGGCAAAUGCUUCUCCUUUGCACAUCUCCAAAAGUAGUAUAUCAACACACCAAAUACCACAAGCAAACGAAGAACCAAUGGGCACGUGAUGACCCUGCAUUUGUUGUAAUAUGCAGUCUUCUUUUAGCAAUAUCUACAAUAGCUUAUUGUGCCGCCUAUGAUCACAGUGCUGGACAUGCUGCUUUCGUGGUUAUUUCAGUAUUGCUUUUCCAUUUCUUUAUAACAGGGGGGCUUGUAGCAGCAUUUUUUUGGUUUGUUACUAACAAUUAUCUUCGAGAAGAAGUCCCAGACAGUCACGUGGUGGAGCAACGGGUAGAAUGGUUGUAUGCUUUUGAUGUACACUGCAAUUCUUUCUUCCCCAUGUUUGCGCUUCUUUAUGUUUUACAUUAUUUUCUGUCCCCUCUUCUGGUAGCUCAUGGUUUUGUUCCUGUGCUUCUAUCGAAUCUGCUAUUCAUGGCAGCCAUUUCCUACUAUCAUUAUCUGAAUUUUCUAGGCUAUGAUGUAUUGCCAUUUUUGGAGAGAACCACUUUUUUCCUGUAUCCAAUUGGUGUUGCCAUUGUUCUAUCUCCUAUCUUGAUUUUGAGCGGCUUCAACCCAUCAAGAUACUUUAUGAACAUGUACUUUAGUCGAUUGCUAUAGAUGCAGCUAGCAGGCACUUCGUACAGUUGACGUAUUCAUUUAAGCAUGCUUCUGUUGUACAAGGAAGAAGACCAGAGCGAGCCAGCCGAUAUUCCCAGAGUUAGUCUUACCUAUUGAGAAAUUAGAUUACUGAAAUUGUUACAUAUUGAUUUUGCUUUUCGUUUCUGUAACCUGCUUGAGACGAAUAUUAGUGAAAUGCUACUGCUAUCGAAAUGAUAGCGAUGUAUAGUUGCCAACGUCUUAAAAUUUAUCGAGUCGAAUCUGAAACGGCCGUGUGCUACCAUUUUUCUUGAGAUUUAGAGAAUAUUUCCUAAUCACACCUACUAUAAAACUGAUUAUGCAUGAGUCAAA